AUGUCACCCAUGUACUCAGAGUAUGAAGCUGCAAUGGACAUACGGUUUGGGCUGGAACCAGGGCCUCUCUUUCAGGGCCUCAAAAAGGAUCCCAUGGACUUUGAGUGGAGCUACUGGAUUGAAUGGGGAAGGGAGCGGAUACUGUGGCUCCUGGCUGGUCAUCUGCUGGUAUCACAGGUGUCUAGGCUCUUGGUGGAGAAGUAUAAACCAUGGUGCUUGAUGAUUUAUGGGAUGGCUGCCUGCUGGUUGUUACUUGGAAUCAAGGGCUUUGCUGUCAUUUUGUUACAUGCAACUAUUUCAUUUGCUGUGGCUCAGUUUCAGCUGUCACUCCUGACAUGGUUGUGCUCCCUUAUCCUCUUAUCCACUCUACGCAUACCAGCUGUGGAAGAAGCAAAGAGAAAGUGGUACGACACAGAAAACGAGUAUUAUCUGCUGCUCUUCACUGUGUCUGUCCGCUGUCUCUUCUGCACUAGCUUCAGCUUGGAGUACUGCUGGCAAGGACCUGCCCAGAAGUCAUUCCACUCCUUCCUGUGGAUGCUGGCAUAUGUGUUCUAUUAUCCCAUGUUCCACAAUGGACCCCUUAUGAAUUUUGAUGAAUUCAGUAAACAGAUGAGGAGAAAAGAAGCCUUCAGUCUGAAGACCAAUCUCAGCAUAUUAAUCGUGGGCCUAAUUCGUAUUUUCUUUUGGUGGUGCCUGGCUGAGCUGAUGAUUCAUCUCAUGUAUAUCCAUGCUCUCUACAGCAGUGGUCAGCCUUUGGAAGCUGCAUCAUACUGGGCUUUGGGUGGCCUGGCUUUAGCUCAGGUACUGUUUUUUUAUGUGAAAUACUUGGUUCUGUAUGGUGUUCCUGCCCUCCUCCUUCAAAUGGAUGGACUCAAACCUCCAGCUCUGCCUUGUUGUGUGAGCCUGAUGCACAGUUUCACUAAAAUGUGGAGAACUUUUGAUGUUGGGCUUCAUCGCUUUCUGGUCAGGUACAUAUAUGUUCCAAUGGGAGGAUCUCAGUCCAGUCUGUUAGGAAUGCUCUUUUCCACGGCCCUCACUUUUGCCUUUGUAAGCUAUUGGCACGGAGGACAGAGUUAUCUGUGGUACUGGGGUGCACUUAACUGGCUUGGAGUCAUUGUGGAAAGCGGUGUCAAGAGGAUACUUUCUAUUUCACUUAUUCAAGAUUUAAUUGAGCGUUUUUUCUCACCAAGAAUUUGUCGCCGACUUCAUGCUGUCCUAGCAUCUUGUAGCACUUCAUUGUUGAUUUUAUCAAAUCUAAUAUUUCUCGGAGGAAUUCACGUUGGAAAAAUCUACUGGAACAGGAUCUUUGUGGAAGGCUGGCCAUGGGCAACACUGACUGUUCUUGGAUUCCUGUACUGCUAUUCUCACGUUGGAAUUGAAUGGGAGCAGACAUAUGCCGUGAAUUAG